GUAAAACAGGCUGUGCUUGGCGUUCAUGGUGUAGAUGUGCAGUUCACAGGAAUCAAUUUCCUUGAAUCUUUGGUAUCUGAAUUUUCUCCAUCUACUUCAACUGCCAUGGGGCUUCCUAGGGAGUUUCAUGAGCAGUGCCUAAAAUUGUUAGAACUAGCGUAUUUGAAGACAUUCUACUGUUGGGCACAAGAUGCUGCUGUAAGUGUCACAAGUCGAAUAAUAGAAUCUCAUUCUGCUGUACCUGAGGUUAAAGUUUGUACUGCUGCAUUACGUCUCAUGCUUCAAAUCUUAAACUGGGAUUUCCGCUACAACACAAAUAUGGCUAAAGGCGCAAAACCGAGUAUGGAUGUUUUUAACGAUGGAGUUCGGCAUGAUAUUGCUUCACCGAAGAGAUCAGAGUGUAUCUUAGUGCAGCCGGGUCCUUCUUGGCGGGAUGUUUUGAUUUCAAAUGGUCAUAUUGGUUGGCUUUUGGGCUUAUAUGGGGCACUUAGGCAAAAGUUUUCAUGUGAAGGUUACUGGCUUGACUGCCCUGUUGCAGUGUCUGCAAGAAAGCUUAUUGUACAAUUUUGCUCCUUAACAGGAACCAUAUUUCCAUCUGCCAAUAUGCAAGAACAUCACCUUCUACAACUGCUAUCUGGAAUUAUACCGUGGAUCGAUCCUCCUCAUGCUGUUUCACAAGCUAUUGAAUGUGGAAAGAGUGAAAGUGAGAUGCUUGAUGGUUGCCGGGCAUUAUUAUCUAUGGCAACUGUGACUACUCCCACUGUGUUUGACCAACUCUUGAAAUCUGUAAGCCCUUUUGGCACUCUUACUCUGCUAUCAACAUUGAUGUGUGAAGUGAUUAAAGUCCUAAUGGCGAAAAACACUGAAGAGGAGACGUGGAGUUGGAUGGCACGCGAUAUUUUAUUAGAUACGUGGACCACCCUUCUCAUACCAAUGCACAGCAUAGGUGAGAAUGCUAGGUUUCCAUCAGAAGGAAUAAAUGCUGCAGGCAAUCUCUUUGCCUUGAUUGUAGAGGCUGAGCUAAGGGCUGCUUCUGCAUCAGCUUUCAAUGAUGAUGAAGACUCUCAAUACCUUCAGGCUUCUAUUUCUGCCAUGGAUGAAAGGUUAAGCUCUUAUGCUCUUAUUGCAAGAGCUGCAAUUGACGUUGCGAUUCCUUUACUCACAAGACUGUUUACUGAGCGUUUUGCACGGCUCCAUCAGGGCAAAGGCAUAACUGAUCCAACUGAAACUUUGGAAGAACUCUACUCAUUAUUACUGAUAACUGGACAUGUUCUCGCAGAUGAAGGAGAGGGAGAAACACCUUCGGUUCCAAUGGCUAUACAAACCCAUUUUGUGGACAUUGUAGAAACACAUAAACAUCCUGUUGUUGUACUUUCUAGUACAAUUAUAAGGUUUGCCGAGCAGAGUCUUGAUCAAGAAAUGAGAACAUCAGUUUUUAGUCCUCGACUUAUGGAGGCAGUUAUAUGGUUUCUUGCAAGAUGGUCUUCCACAUAUCUAAUGGUGCCUGAAGAAUGUAGAGAAGACAACUGCAAUUCAGGUUAUGAUCAUGAGAGCUGGCUUCGGUCACAACACUCCAGAAAAGCUUUGCUUAGUUUUUUUGGACAAUAUAAUCAGGGUAAACCUGUGCUUGAUGUUAUUGUUCGGAUCUCCAUGAUGACACUCAUUUCAUAUCCUGGCGAGAAGGAUUUGCAGGCACUUACUUGUUACCAGCUACUUCAUUCACUUGUCCGACGAAAGAAUGUUUGUACUCACCUUGUUGCAUUUGACUCAUGGCGUGAAUUAGCAAAUGCUUUUGCAAAUGGAAGAACUUUGUUCUCAUUACAUUCCACUCACCAACGUUCGCUGGCUCAAACACUUGUUCUUUCAGCUUCUGGCAUGAGAAAUCCAGAGGCAUCAAAUCAGUAUGUAAGGGAUCUCACAAGUCAUAUGACAGCAUAUCUAGUGGAAAUGUCCAACAAGAAUGACUUAAAAAAUUUCUCUCAACAACCAGACAUUAUCUUGUCGGUAAGUUGCUUGUUGGAGCGGCUUCGUGGGGCUGCCAGGGCAUUGGAACCUCGAACACAAAAGGCAAUUUAUGAGAUGGGUUUCUCUGUAAUGAAUUCUGUUCUGGUUCUUCUUGCAGUUUACAAACAUGAGUUUGCAGUUGUCUAUCUGCUACUUAAAUUUGUUGUUGACUGGGUGGAUGGGGAAAUUAUCUACCUAGAGGCUCAAGAAACUGCCAUUGUAGUUGAUUUCUGCAUGCGCUUGCUUCAGCUUUACUCUUCUCACAAUAUUGGCAAGAUAUCUGUAAGUCUUUCGAGCAGCCUACUGAGUGAAGCAAAGACUGAGAUGUAUAAGGAUUUACGUGCUCUUCUUCAACUAAUAGCAAAUCUCUGUUCAAAAGAUAUGGUCGACUUCUCAUCCGACUCCAUUGAGACACCAGGAACAAGUAUAUCUCAGGUUGUUUACUUUGGUCUUCACAUAGUUACCCCUCUGAUAUCCUUGGACCUGCUGAAGUACCCCAAGCUCUGUCAUGAUUACUUCUCAUUGCUGUCUCAUAUGUUGGAAGUUUAUCCUGAAAUGGUUGCCCAACUAAAUAAUGAAGCCUUUGCUCAUGUACUUGGAACUCUUGAUUUUGGCCUCCAUCAUCAGGACACAGAAGUUGUUGACAUGUGCUUGAAAGUUCUAAAAGCACUUGCUUCUUACCACUACAAGGAGACAAGCAUCGGUAAAAUAGGGCUGGGGUCACAUGCUUCAGGUUUUAAGGAUUCUGAUGGAAAAUUCCAGGAAGGCAUUUUGAGUCGAUUCCUUCGUUCACUGCUGCAGUUACUCCUCUUUGAGGAUUAUAGCACUGAUCUUGUUGGAAUUGCAGCAGAUGCUCUCUUCCCAUUGAUCCUUUGUGAACAAGGUGUAUACCAGAGAUUAGGGCAGGAGUUAGCAGAUAGUCAAGCAAAUCCAACACUGAAAUCAAGGUUGGUAAAUGCAUUGCAGUCCUUGACAAGCUCAAACCAGCUUUCUCCAACCCUUGACCGUAUCAACUACCAGAGAUUCAGAAAGAAUCUACACAGCUUCCUAAUUGAAGUUCACGGAUUCUUAAGGACAAUGUGACUUGUGCAAUUUGAUCUGUAAAAUAUAAGAAAAAGAUUUCGUUUUCCUAUUUUUCAUUUUGUUCUCUAUUUUUUGUAUGUUUGCUUGGAUUGUUGCAUUCUAGGCAUCAUCUUAGUUGUUGGCUGUGAAUAUUCUUGUCAUUGUCUUUUAUUAAUAUAGUUGAACAAAAUCAAUCAGCAAAAGAAAAAUAGACGGUUACUUAGA